AUGCUAAUAUCUCGUGAGAAUCAGGCUGAGCAACAAACGACGUUGAAGGAGCAGCUCGCCACUGUCACCAAGGAAAAGGACGAUGCUUUGGCCCAACUCUCCGUCGUUUCGACAAGUAAUCGCAGGGCAGACCGGUAUUUCAAGCAGGGAAAUUGGAUGGGCGAAAAAGCGUACGACCAAGGAAUAACCUGCUCGAAAUGCCUCACGAAAUCCACCUGCAGCAAGUCUGAUUGGCUUUUAACUAGUCUGCUCGAUCCUGCUCCUCCAUUAGCGAUUGUCCCCCGCAACAUCGGUGUGAUGGCUCCCGUCAAUGCGUAUUCAUCACCACCAUUCCAAGGGGACCUAUGGGGACGCACGGUCGUCCGUACUACAACCCAGGAACGGCCCCAAAAAGAGACCCGAACACCGCUUUUG